GCAGAUCGGAAGGCUGCGAUCAAGUCCACGCCGCACUCAGCUCCAUCGCUCCUCUACUAUCCGGCCUCUAGCUGUAUAUAUAUAUAUUUGCUCGAUUACUCACAUCAACAUUUCCACUAUCACAUUCAUUUAAUCAUCACUCUCAGGAGAUCAUAUAUAUCCAUCGAAAUGGAGUUUUCUAAUCAUCACUUCAUAAUUCCCAUCUACAUCAUCUCUGCUUUAGCCAUCACUACUCAAGAAACGGCAUCCCAAACUCUUCUCAAUGGCAAUAAUGUCGUCGGAUCCCCGACGCCCGGCUAUUUCGUGGCGAAACCCCCGAGGCGCGCCGGAUCACCGAAACCGGCCGUCGCUUCACAGAAGUCGGCUGUCAUCAAUCAGUUCGUCGACGGGCACAACCGGGCGCGAGCGUCGGUGGGCGUUCCUCCGGUGACGUGGAACGAGUCGGUUGCGGCGUAUGCGGAGGCGUACGCGGCGCAGAGGGCGGGCGACUGCGAGAUGGAGCACUCGGAUGGGCCGUACGGGGAGAACAUCGCGGAGGGGUACGGGGAGCUGAAGGCGUCGGACGCGGUGAACAUGUGGGUGGGGGAGCGGCCGUACUACGACCACGCGUCGAAUUCUUGCACCGGCGGGGAGGAGUGCCUGCACUACACGCAGGUGGUGUGGCGGGACACCACCAGUAUCGGUUGCGCCAGGGAAGUGUGCCGUAACGGCUGGAUGUUUGUCACCUGCAACUAUUACCCACCCGGCAACUAUAUCGGGGAACGUCCUUAUUAGUUUUCCACCCAAUAAUAUUAAUAUUAAUUAAUUAGAGAAAACAAAUAUCAGGAAAUCGUAUUACUGCUAUUUUUUCUUUUACUUACUACCCGUAUUUUUACUUCAGUGGCAGUGCUUUUUCAUUAGUUUCUAGGACAAUGAUAGUUAAUCUUCAUUCAUUAGUAAAGUUAUAAAUUCGUUUUAUUUUAUACUACGUAAUUGUUAUUAUGAGUCUUCUUA